UACAGGUUGUUUAAACGCACAAACAAAAUAAAUAGAGGAAAAAAACGGGAUUAUUAAAUAAAAAUAAUAAUAAUGAAUGUAGCGUUAGCUAGGUCCGCGCAUGCUCAGUGUCGUAGGGCAGCACGGAUCAGCGUGUAGCGUAACUCGACAGAGCACCGGAGAGUAGCUAAUGCUAAUCCAGAAAAUGUAGAUAUUUAAUGCAGAAAUAGACAUGCAGCGUGUUUAUACUAGAAUUUUUGCUAUCUAGCUGAACUAGAGAGCUAUAUAACUGUGUGACCUUCAGUAGAAGACUGUUUGGCAGAUUCUUUUCUGCCUUGCAGCUCCAUACAUGUUGCUCACAAGUGCUCUUCAGAGGUCUGGCCUUAUGAGCACCGGACCCGGGAGGCCCAUCUGGGCACUGGCCGUGCUCCUGGUUAGCGCUGCCCUGCUUGCCCUCACCUCCACCUCGUCCUCCAGUGGGAAGAACGUGGCUCAGACGGCAUUGGCUCAUGCUGCAGCUGCUGCAGCUGGAUCAGCAUCCUGGUGUGCUGAGGAGGUCCUGGGCCUCCAAAGCCUGACCAAGAUGUUUUCCAGAGAGAGUGUCGAUGUUUGGUUCUGUUCGCUUGUGGGGUCCGUUGCUGUGGGCCUUAGUGGAAUCUUCCCCCUCCUGGUGAUCCCUUUUGAGGCUGGAGCAGCCCUGAAAACAGAGGAUGGUCGUCAGAAGCUGAAGAAACUGCUGAGCUUUGCGAUUGGUGGACUUCUCGGCGAUGUGUUUCUUCACCUCCUCCCCGAGGCCUGGGCUCAUACGUGCAGCAGUGAUGGGAGCCAGAAGCACUACCGUACCCAGGGACUGUGGGUGGUUAUAGGUCUGCUGUUCUUCCUGAUGAUAGAGAAGAUGUUUCCUGAUGAUGACAAAGCUUCAGAGAGCAGGACCAUGAACCGUUCAAGCAACUCCUCGUCUGCAGAUCUCCGAAACGACUAUUUAACGUCUACUCAAACGAAUGGCAUCUUCUCUAACAACAAUUCCGAUUCCAAGCCAAAAGCUGAGAUCAGCGCUCUCCCUGGGACGGAGAAGAUCAAGACAAGUGGCUACCUGAAUCUACUGGCCAACUGCAUCGAUAACUUCACCCACGGCCUGGCGGUGGCAGGGAGCUUCCUAGUCAGCAGGAAGGUGGGCUUUCUGACAACCUUUGCAAUCCUGCUGCACGAGAUCCCCCAUGAGGUGGGAGAUUUUGCCAUUCUGCUGCGCGCUGGAUUCGAUCGCUGGAGCGCAGCCCGCAUGCAGCUGUCAACAGCUCUCGGUGGAGUUCUGGGGGCAUGCUUUGCCCUUUCAGCUCAGUCACAGCAAGGGGCAGAGAAUGCAACAGCCUGGAUCCUUCCCUUCAGCUCUGGAGGCUUUCUGUACAUCGCCUUGGUUAAUGUGGUGCCUGACUUGUUGGAGGAGAAAAAUCCAAGGCAUUCUUUGCUGCAGAUCCUGUUACUCUUCUGUGGAGUUGGAGUCAUGGCCCUGCUCUCUAUGGUAGCAGACUGAACAGAAGAGUGCUGCUCUUACCUUUUUGGACUUUCUGAAAGGAAGAUCACCAUCUAUUAGGAUCUACUAAGCCAGGAGGACUGAUAGGCAGUGCACUCACUCCAUUGUUUAAGCUUUAAAAACUGAGAGACUGAAUUUAAGACUGAACCCAAAGGGACAAUCAGGUUGGUUUGUUUGUAUGUGUGUAUAUAUAUAUAAGUAUUUUUGUGUGUGAGAGAAUGUGUGUAUGUGUGUCUUAUGUACAUAUUUCCUUCCCUGUUCUUGUUUUGGACCUAUAAAUACGCACUUUGAAACAACAUUGUAGGUAGCAGCAAGUAGUGCCAGUUCAAAUGGUGCAAAAUGACUGUGUUAAUAGACUUUUGUAUUCUGAGCUAGACAGACAGUGCAUCCACUUUAUUCACUAGUUUGUGGCUUUUUUCUAUAGAAAGCAUGUUAAUAAUCAGCAUUCUUCUUUUUAAAAGUGAGAAAUUGACCUUUUAGAGUCUUUAUUAGAAUCUGCACACUGAUGGACAAUGAAGAAGCAUCUGCAUAAACAUGCUAACGGUUAUGUGGAGGCUGUGUACAUAAAUCAACCAAGUAUUUAGCUGAAAACUAAUGUAUGGGAUUAGGAGUUUAGGAAGACCCUUUUAGGAGUUUAUGAGACCUAUAGAUCUGGGGUUUCCAACCCUGUCCUACAGACUUUCCACCCACUAAUCAAUUAAUCAGUAAAUCCCACCUGAACUAAUGAUCACCAAAAUCUACUUGCUUCCUCCAGGUGAGCUUGAUUAAUUGAAUGUAAUUAGAUUUGGAUUUGUUUCUCGAUUCAGAGUGAUCAGUACUUGGAUUUGAGUGUCCAGACAUGGGUUGCUGUGGUACUGAGGUCUGAGUCAGUAGCUAACUUUAGCUGCUGUUCUUGAGCUAUGUUCAGACUUCCAGCCCAGAUUUUGAUAGUCAUAUAGUCAGAAACCGCAAACCACAUUUUUCGAGGUGGUUCAAAUAACAAAAAAAAAUUGGCAGAUUUGUUUCAGACUGGAUGCUCUGUACGCUCAAAACCAAGAAGAGCACCAAAGGCUUAUCCAUGUAGAUACAAUUGUGAUGACCAGAAAGGCAAAUCCGAUCUGAUCACUUUUGCAAAUAACAGUGUGGACAGUCAUCUCAGCAGAUUUGAAUUGAUGUAUUUUCUGUGUGAACAUCGCCUCAAAUCCCCACAUUUCAAAUACUUUUGAUUGAGUUGAUUAGGUAAUUAUUUGUUGCAUUGUAAGUGAUGCAGAAAACACUUUGAAAUAAUUAAAUUUUUAAAUGGCCCAAGCAUUUAGAUUGAGACGCAUCUGUACAAAUCUAAUUUAUAAUCACAUUUCAAACCCCCACCAAAUGUGGUUCGGAUCAGAUUGGCAAAAAAUGGAUUUUAUAUGGUUUCUGGCUGUCCAGACUAUCAAAAAUCAACCUGGAUUCAAUCUAGAUAUGCUAACAAAUAUAUAUUUUUAAAAUUUGUAUUAACAGUCUGAAUAAAGCAUUUGAGUGGAAGCAUGGUCAUUAUUCGUUGCAAUGUAAGUGAUGGCCAAAGAAUCCAAACUGAGAUGCAAAUCGGUACACAUUUAAAAUUACAUUUCAAACAACCACUAAAUGUGAUUUGGAUCAGAUUGGAAAAUACAUUUUAUGUGGUUUCUGGCUGUCCAGACUAUCAAAUCUGAAUUCAAUCUAGAUAUGCCAAAAUAUAUAUUUUUUCAAUUUGUAUUGGCAAUCUGAAUAAAGCCUUUGAUUAGGAGGAUGGAGGAGUAAUCUGAAGGACAGUAGCUCUUCAGGAGCAUGGUUGGUGACCCCUGCCUUAGAUAGACCAUUGCAUUGUGAUAACUUGCCCAGAAAUGCAUCCUUGAAUCAUGUGGUUGGAGAAACUACUACACAUUUCCUGUAGCUACAGUUCCUACAAAAAGAAAACAAAUUAUGGGCAGAACAUGUACAGAGUUAGAAGUGCACGGAUUGUAGCCUGGAUCUUCUGGUAGUUCACUGCUUGUAAUGGUACUAUAGAAGGCAGGAUCAGAGUGGUCCAGACUGUUUGGCUUCAUAUCGUCAUCUGACCUCUUUAAUUCUCUCUAUAUUUCUCUCUCUCUGAUUUUUAAUGAAAUCAAGUCAGGAUGCACUGAAUAUUUGGCAACACAGAUUAUUUGGCCGAGAAAUUAUUUGCAUAAAAAAACAUGAUUUUUUUUUUUUUUUUUUUGGUGUUUGGUGUUCAGCCAACAAUUUUAGGAUGUUAUCUACAUUAAAUAUGAAUAAUAUAUAUAUAUUUUUUUUAUUUUAGUUUUGUAUUUGCUUUUUCUUUUUAAAAGGCAGAACCAAAAAAAUGCAUCUAGGCUAAUUAACUGAAACAAGUGGCAAAUUUUAAUGUAAAUCUGUGGAAAAACUACAUUUUCGUUCAAUAUUUGCUUAUCAUAUUUUAUCAAAAUGUUUUUGUUUAAAAAUAAUAAAAUUUCAGUGCAUCCAUAAAGUCAGGUAUUCAUAGAAAGACCUACGGUCAAGCACACAAACGCACAUACACAUUUCACCAGAGGCAAACUCUACCUAUAGGCUCAUUAUCCGGAGCAUGAAGCCCCAUUUCAUGUUCUUAACAGGUGCUCUAUUGAUUUUCUAUUCUAGUGUUAUUCCACUACCUUCAGUCCUGCAUCAUUUUAAACCAAUCCUGCUGCUUGUUAUAUUACAGUGACAUGUCAUGAUUUUUUUUUUUUUUUUUUUGGUAAUGUUGUGCUCUAAUGGUUAUCCACUACACCACUGCUCUUAGCUCUAUACAGACGAGUGAGUGCAUUUAGCUUUAGCUUCAUUUUUGCUUGUGCAUUACCAGCUUUAUUCUUCCUGUUGUGGCCUUUUUUACUUCACUAUGUCUUAUCUAACACACAGACAGGGCAAGGCUCCCACUGAAAACUGCUUCAUAUAGAGACUGACAAUCACCCACACCCCUCUCCACCCAAAGACAUGGCCUUCAGCUAAAGCCAGGCACCGUAUCGUACCAUCUCGCAAAAGUAAUAACCAAUGGGAGGAGUCUGCGCACCAGAUAACGAAGCAUUGUUACUGAAAUAAAUGAAUGUUUUGAAGAUGUCGGUCAGCAGGUCAAAGCAAUUUGCUUAAAUGUGUACAUAUAUAUAUAUUUUUAAAAGAGAGAUAUUUAUUAUGUAUGGAAAGGUCAUGUUUGAGUCAUGUAUGAAAAAGGAACGUUUACUUUUUGAAAUUUUAGGACACUCCCAAUGUUAUUAAAGAAAAAGUUGAAAUGUUUGUAUUUUUAUUUGAUAAUAUACUUUGCCAAAUAAAUAAUGAAAAUAAUCGUU